AUGGAAGAAGACGAGGAAUUUUUAAGUGGUCGUGCAAGACGUUUUGUUUUAGGCUCAACAUUAAUACGUGAUGCAUGUGCAUCAAGACUGGAAAUUAAAUUUAAACAAGAUCUGCUCUCUGUACAAAUGUAUGAACGGUAUUAUAGUAAACCGUAUAUUGCAUUAUAUUAUUUUUUAACUGUACUCAAUCUAUUAACAAUUAUUAUUGAAUAUCCACCAAAUAUAUGGAUAAAUGAUAAACCAAUACCUUAUUAUAUCCCAUUAAUAAUUAAUUUAUUCUGUGAAGGUUAUUUCUAUUAUCGAUGGUAUAUCAUAUAUGCUAUUUCUGAAAAGGAGAAAUUAAAACGUAAUAUUUCCUCGAUAAUGACAAUUACAAUAUUAAUUACAAUGACAAUUGAUGCUAUUGUUUAUAUAUUAUUUAGUGAAUUAAAUAUCGGGAAACCAGUAAGAUGGUCAAGAGCACUACGACCUGUACUGCUGUUAACUUUUCCAGAGAAUAGAAGAUUACGUGCUGCUUUUUAUAAUCUACGACGUACAUUAAUUGAUGUAUUACCUGUAUUUGGUUUAUUUGGUGCAUGUUUAAUAUUUAUAUCAAUUGUUACCUUGGCAUUAAUUGGUGAUAAAAAAUUAACCUAUCCUGAUGGAAGUAUGUAUUUCAAUGAUUUCAAUGAUGUUCUAUGGCAAUUCUAUGUGCUAACAACAACAUCAAAUUCACCAGAUGUCAUUGUACCAGCUUAUGAAUAUAAUAAUUUUUAUAUAUUUAUCUAUGUAUUCAUAUGUACACUAUGUAAUUGGUUAUUUAUGGGGAUAUUAACAGCUUCAGUGUAUAAUUCAUAUAAAGCACAUUUAGGUGAAUUUGUUGUUAAAACAGUUAUGAAACGUAAAGAAAAACUAGAUGAAGCGUUUAAUUUAGUAUCUACAAUGACACCAGACGGUGGACAAGGUGUUAGUCAAGGCACAUUUCUACGUUUAAUGCGUAUUGUUAAACCACAAAGAAGUGAAGAUUCCAUGAAAGUGAUAUUUCAUGUAUUAGAUAAAAAUAAAUCUGGAUAUUUAGGUAAACAAGAAUUUGAACGUCUCUCAGAAUAUAUGCAAGCAAAAUUUGAAGAAAUUGAAUUAAGUCGUGCUUAUUUUAGUACAUAUAUAUCAAAAUUUUAUGAUACAUAUACAUCGCCUAGAUUUCAAUUGAUUGUAUAUUAUAUUGAACAUAAUAUUACUAAAUUAUUUUUCACCUGUUUAAUUAUUGCUAAUGCACUUACAAUUAUUCUAUUUCAUUCAUAUCCACAAUUUCAAGAAAUUAUUGAAUCUAUAUUUACAAUAUGCUUUAUUUUUGAAUUAAUUGUUAAUUAUUUAGCUUGUGGUGGAGUGAAAUUUUUCAAUGAUGGUUGGAAUUUAUUUGAUUGUAUUAUUGUCUUUGGUGCAUUAAUUGGACAGGUGUUUCAGCUAAUAUUUUAUUCUUUCGGCAUUUAUUUGCCUGGUUCUAUUAUACAAAUUUUUCUCUUAUUACGUUUAUUUCGUUUACUUAAAGUAUUUAGUGUUGUACCACAAUUUCGUGUUGUUAUUAAUUGUAUUCUAACUAUCCUACCAUCAUUAGCUGCUUAUACUGCAAUCUUAUUAAUAUUAUUCUAUAUAUUUUCAUGUAUUGCUAUGGAAUUAUUCGGUUUAUUGUAUAUACCGCCAGUAAAUUAUAAUUAUACAAUAGAUACAACAUGUAAUAAUCCAUAUUUAUUAAAUAGUGAAUUUGUUGAAUGGCAUUAUUGUACAUUUAAUUUUAAUAGUGCAUUAGAUUCCUUUUUAUUAUUAUUAAUUAUUGUAGUUGGUAAUAAUUGGCAUAUAUUUGUUGAUGGUUUCUCAGAUAUCACAACAAAAUGGAGUAGAUUAUUUUUUAUUAUUAUACAUUGGAUAUGUGUAUUACUUGUUUUAAAUGUUGUUCUGGCUUUUAUUAUUGAAGCAUUUUUAAUUGAAUAUGAUUCACAACAAAGUAAAUUUGAAUUAUAUAUUAAUGAACGUUUAAAUGAUUUAGAAAUGAAUGCUGAUACAGAAUUAAAAAAACGUGGUCUGCAAAAUUAUCGUAAAGCAAGAUUUAUUAUGUCUAAAAAGAUAUUAGAUGAAGCAGCAUUACCUGAUCGUAGUACAAAUAAAGUAUUCUAUUUAAAAACAGAUAAUACAUCAAUUGAAAUAUUAAUGUUUAGAAUGUUUGAAAAAGAAAUUGAAGAAUUAGUUAAUAAUUUAAAUAGUCGAAUGGAAGCGCCAAGAAUUAGAGCACAUGAUCCACUUCGGAAUAUAUAA